AACAACAGUGGAUCAUUGUUUACAGCUACAAUUGUAUAAGGCUUUGCCCUGUUGUUUUUGCUUCGCUUCCCUGGUCAUCUUCAGCUCAGUUUAACAGUUUAUUAGAUACAUCGCGGUGCAGUAGGAAAGCGAUCGGCCAUGCCUGGAACAGGCGAUACGCAGAGGCGCUAUGAGCGUAAGCUGAAAAAACUUCAAGAGAAAAAGAAAUUGGCGAAGAAACACACAAAGCUGCAAAAGGUGGUGGACAGGGAAGAGUCCAAGAAGAAGAGAAAGCGAGAGGCGGUUGCAGAGGAAGUAGCAGAAGCAGUAGCAGCGGCAUCGGAUUCGGAAUCCGAUAGUGGUAGCGCAGCCGCAACCUCCAGCUCUGCAGCAGAGGGUGGUGAAGCAGCGGCAACAGCAAUGUCUGCCACGAGCGAGCCUUUCAUUCCAGGUGAGCUGGAUCGAAAGUUCACUUCACUGGUCCCACUUGGUGUGUCAGAACCUACAAUGGCAGCCAUUGAAGAGAUGGGGUUCACGGAAAUGACGGAGAUACAGGCGAAAAGCAUUGGUCCUCUGCUGAAAGGAAUGGAUGUGUUGGGUGCGGCUCGCACCGGCAGUGGCAAGACAUUAUCGUUCCUUAUCCCUGUUGUCGAGCUGAUGCGCAAGCUAAGUUUUAUGCCACGUAACGGAACGGGUACCAUCAUCAUCUCGCCCACGCGUGAGCUUGCUCUGCAAAUAUUCGGUGUACUCCGUGAGCUCAUGGAGAAGCACAAGCAGACAUAUGGCAUCAUCAUGGGCGGCGCAAAUCGCAAGUCCGAAGCAGAGCGGUUACAGAAAGGUGUCAACAUUCUUGUUGCCACGCCUGGCCGGUUGCUUGAUCAUUUGCAGAACACCCAUGGCUUCAACUUCAAGAACAUGAAAGCUCUUGUCAUUGAUGAAGCUGACCGAAUACUGGAAAUUGGAUUUGAGGAGGAGAUGAAGCAGAUUAUUCGACUUUUACCGAAGCGGCGGCAGACUAUGCUGUUUUCAGCCACUCAAACCCGCAAUGUUAAGGACUUGGCAAGGAUCUCCCUGAGCGAGGCUCCCCUGUACGUAGGUGUUGAUGAUGACAAGGAUGCAUCAACGGUGGAUGGUUUAGAGCAGGGUUAUCUUGUGGUGCCUUCCGAGAUGCGGUUUCUGAUGCUGUUCACUUUCUUGAAGCGUAACCAGGACAAGAAAGUCAUGGUAUUCUUCUCCUCGUGCAAUGCAGUCAAGUAUCACUCCGAGUUGCUCAACUACAUUGACAUCCCUGUCAUGGAUAUUCACGGUAAGCAGAAGCAGAACAAGCGUACGAGUACGUUUUACUCGUUCUGCCAGGCUGAGAAGGCCAUUCUUCUGUGCACGGACGUGGCAGCGCGAGGUUUGGACAUUCCUGAAGUGGACUGGAUAGUGCAGUUCGAUCCUCCGGAUGACCCCAAGGAGUACAUUCAUCGAGUUGGCAGAACUGCACGCGCUGGCACCAAGGGCAAUGCUCUGCUCUUUUUGCUGCCCGAAGAGCUCACAUUCCUGUUCUUCUUGCGGCAUGCUAAGGUACCGCUAAAUGAGUAUGAAGUUGCACCUAAGAAGGUCAAAAACAUUCAGUCACAGCUGGAGAGACUGAUUGAGAAGAAUUUCUACCUCAAUCAGUCUGCGAAGGAAGCUUACAAGUCCUACUUGCGGGCAUACGCUUCGCAUGGACACAAAUCAGCAUUCGAUGUCGACAAGCUCGACCUGCAGCGUGUGGUGAAAGCGUUUGGCUUCUCCGUUCCGCCUCGCGUCAAUCUAGGCGUGCACAGUAGCAAAGGCAGCCGAAUCCAGCGUCGUGGUGGUGGCGGCGGCUUUGGCCAAGGCUACCGGGAGUCUGGAAAGCAAUCUGUCAAGUCCAAGCUGUACCGCCCUGGAGGUGGCAAGCACCCGGCACAAGCAGCUGGAAAGCGCCAGUUUUCAAGAUAGGGACCGCUGACUUGCGCUAUUAGACAUCCUUAGCAAAAGUACGAUAACGCUAACUUUUACGGUACUCACUCCCAGCCGUGACAAAAGACGUUAUCAGAUAACGGAAAAACGUUACAGAGCUCAAAAUAACGGGCCGACGUUCGUUAUGGAAAUUCUGCAAAAAAUGCAAAAACUCGCAUUGUUUUGUAACUGGCGGGAGAUAAAAAGCACGUCGUGCAGAUCGAGAUGAGAUCGAGAGUCGAGAUUGCUUCCUCUUGUGACAUUUAGCUUUUUUGGCGAGUUUUGCCUUUCAGUUGACAAUUUCUGCGUUUUCUGCUUCGUGCCUUUCUCCCUCUAUCCCAUCUGGGAAACAAAGGACCAGUUCCACGGCACUCCUGAGGAAGAAAUUCAUCGGCCUCUCCCAGACGUGCUGGAGCUGGAGAACCCUUACAGUCUUCGGUGCUGCGUUUAGGAAAGGGUUUCCAAGGACCUGGGAACAGCGAAAACUCAUUUUCGCCGUGCUUUUGCUAUUCCAGAGUAAAAGACCUCGCCAAGGUAUUCUUUCGGAACGACAUCAAACUAAUCCCUGGUUCAAAAUUUUGAAUUUCCCGCAUCUGUUUCCACGAAAAUUCAUAUCGCCAUGGUUGUCACGACUACUUCGUCUCAACUAUAACGUACUUUGUGCUAAGGGAAAAGUCAGCUUGAACGAUCCGAAGUACGGAAAGGUUUGCGUUUACGUUAGCGUUUUUUUAGCUAAGGAUAUCUAUUGAUUCACCGUUUCGGCUGGAAGCGGCGUACUGUCUAUAAAAAGUCUACCUUUGUACAAAACACAUGAUGUACAUAAAAUCUUGAACAUAACAAUAGUUUGUGAUUCGUGUUAUUGGUUGUUGGGAGGAUCUAGUUUUUUCUUCUUCUUUUUUUCUGAUCUAUGUCUAACAGUGAUAUGUAACACAUACUAGUACUGCAAUCAUGCUGACGAGGAGGGUUGCUCCUGAUAUGAAACGUAGAAAUGUUCACACAUUUUAGGCUUGUAUAUACUAACCACGGAGUAAUAAGAAUACCUUUACUUUUAACGUACUACCGGUGCAUGUACAAUCAUGUAGUGCUUUACGACUCCA